AUGACAGACAAAGAGCUGAGGAUCGCAAAAAUCACAAAAAACCACCACAAAUCUAUAUCAAAACGAAAAGAAAUCCUGGAAACCUAUAAAAAAAUUCUAUCAGAUUUAGAGCACACUCUUCAUAACGAGCUAGCAUUAAAUCGGCAGCAUGGGACUUCUAUAAGUUUGCAAGAAAACAGUGAAAAAACCCGAGAAGAAUUAAGAGACCAAAUAAUUAGGCAUCAUUUCGAAAUGCUAAAGCUGCAGAUCAAGGAGAAAGAAGCUCAGAAAAAAGAAGAAAAAUUGGAGAUGUCGCCUAAAAGACAUAGGAAACAUGAGGAGAAAAGAGAAAAAUCAAAUGAAAAAUCGAAGCAAAAAAAUACAGAAAAUGAGCGGAAGCAAGAAGAAGGGAAAAAAGAAGAGGAUAAAAAGGAAGAAGAAAAGACAUUAGAAGAAGCAAAGGAUAAUUCUAUAGAAAAUACCAAAGCGGAGGGCGAUGCAAAGAAUGAUGGGCUUAGUGAGCAAGAGCUUGAUCUGAUAAAGCAGGAUGAACAUCUGAUGGAUGUAAUUAAAAGGUAUGAAAAGACUUUUGGAAGGAUCAAAGAUCUCGAUAGAGAUUCUCUUAGGUCUUCCAAGAAAUCGAGUGAUUACUCCAGCGUAAUUUCGUAUGAGUCAAGGCCUCGCUCCAAAUCUUCGUACUCUAAUGUUUCAACCCAAAGUCAGAAAGAUGCACUUGAACGUCUUGAAAAGCUUCGUUUAGAAGAAGAAAAAAUAAAAAAAGAAAAAGAAGACCUUCUUCAGUUUCUUGAGACCAGAUCCAACCGUUCCCAAGCAUCUUCUCGAAUGACAACUGUAUCAUCGUUAUUCCAAUCACGCCCACAAUCAUCAAUUGAAAUCCCUCAAAGAAGACCAAUCACCCAGGCUUCAAUUCUUCAAAAGCCAACACCAAAGUCUGCACAGCCCACCCCAGUGAAAGACCCAGUUAGAUCCCUUGUUAUAAAAGAUCCUGUAAGCGAGCUUAUAAAAAAUCUUUAA